UUGAGAUAUGAUGUCAAAAUCUUUUUCUGCUCACAGUUGAAAGCUCUGAAGGGGACUAAGACUAGGACUAGGACUGUGACUGGAGCAGGGUUGCUGAAGAAAAGAGGAGUACAGGGGCUGGAGGACUGGGAUCUAUGGAUGCAGGACGAUGCAUAGCACAUUAAAUAUCGGAUCUCCCCUCUAACACAAUACAGGGCUGGUCUGAGAAGAGAUUGCUGUCUGUCUGACAUACUUGUGUCUGCAUUGUAAUGUGAGGUAGCCCGUGAAAAUGGACGACUGGAUUAUCUGACCACUGAGGACUCAGUCUGGGAAACCAAUGUGUUUUAACAGGUCUCUGCAUCCCAUCUAAGGAAACACACACUCCCUCUGGCUGAAGGCUGCAGUCAUGUUCUGGAAGUUUGACCUGCACAACUCCUCUCAGGUUGAGAAGCUUUUGGAGAAGGAGGACGUGACCCUGCAGGAGCUUCUGGAUGAGGAGGACGUGCUGCAGGAAUGUAAGGCUCAGAAUCAACGCCUCCUCCUUUUCCUCACACGGGACAGCAGCAUGCUGGAGCUCCUCAAUCUCGUCACACACGAGCCCCCUACUGACCGGGAGGAGAAACUGCGAUACAAGUAUGCUAAUACAGCAUGUGAGUUGUUAACAUGCGACGUCUCCCUCAUCAACAAUAAAGUGGGCGGAGAUGAGUCUCUGUUGCACAUACUGUACAGCUUCCUAGAGCAGACGCCCCCCGUGAACCCUUUACUGGCAUCAUUCUUCAGUAAGACUGUCGGCAACCUCAUCAGCCGCCAGACAGAGCAGGUGAUCGGUUUCCUGAAGAAAAAGCAGGACUUCAUUGGACUGGUGCUGAAACACAUGGACACGUCAGCCAUGAUGGAUCUUCUGCUGCGUCUGAUUAGCAGUGUGGAGCCCAUUUCGCUCAGAAAGGAAGUGCUAACUUGGCUGAAUGAUGAGAAGCUGAUGCAGAGGCUCAUUGCGCUGAUACACCCUCAGAAUGAAGAUGAGAGGCAGUCGAAUGCAUCUCAGACCCUGAGUGACAUCAUCCGCCUGAGCAGAGAUCAAGCCAGUCUGAUGCAGGAGACAUCAGAGCCUGACCCUCUGCUCACAACACUAGAGAUGCAGCAGACCAUAGAGGCCCUGUUAAAGAACAUGUUUGGUGGAGAGAAAAGUGAUGCCUGCAUUAUCUACGGAACGCAGGUGUUGCUCACAUUGUUGGAGACUCGGAGAGCAGGCAUUGAGCAGGUGACAGACCCGUGUUCUCAGGCACCGGAAAAGUCUUACACUGUAAACAACAGCAUAUUAAUGGGAAUCCAGCCACAUUUAAAGAACUUCCAUCACCUCCUGCUUAACCCACCCAAGAAAUGUGUGAUGUUGACCACAAUGGGUGUUUUGGAGGAGCCGUUUGGCAAUGCCCGACUGCAUGCUUGCAGACUGAUGGCUGCUCUGCUGUACACUAGAGCUCCAAGAAUCCACCACGAGCUCUGCCGACUGAACAUGAUCAACCUGCUACUGGACUUGUUUUUUAAAUUCUCCUGGAAUAACUUCCUACACGUGCAAGUGGAACAGUGUGUCUCCGCCAUCUUUAACCAGAACACGCCACUGAACAGAUCAAUGCAGGACAGUCCAGAUGCGACUCAAAUUCAGCUGGAAAACACACGCUCAGACACGCCCCAGCCCAGUGAGGCAGACACACAAAACUCAGACAGAUUCACACGCUACCUGAUAAAGCAUCUGAUAAAGGACUGCAGGCUGGUUCAGAGGAUUUUGGAUGCUUGGGAAGAAAACGACAAAACACAAGAGGCAGGAGGCAUGAGACAAGGGUAUAUGGGUCACCUGACCCGUAUUGCAAACACAGUGGUGCAGAGCACAGAGAAAGAACAGGACAAAGAACAGACCCAAAUCACACAACUUUUAAAAGAGUUGCCAGAGGACUAUAAAGUACGCUGGGAACAUUUUGUGAACGAAACACUAGCCGAAACUAACAAGAAGAAUACGGCAGACCUGGUGUUCUCAGAUUAUCAUCUUCAGCAGAUGACGGCGAACUUUGUCGAUCAGUUUGGACUGAAUGAUGAUGAAUUCGGGGAGCAUGACGGCAGCAUCGGCGCCACGUUUGAUCGAAUCACAGAGAUCAACUUUAACCUUGUGGAUGAGGGGGCCAGCUCUGGACUCUUUGAGACUCGCACAAAGGAGAGAAUUCGGCAAUUUGAUGAAGCUGAGGAGGAAGAAGAUAUUUGGGAGGAUAAAGAAAUUAACUAUUUGACACAAGUGAAAGCACGAAGCAGGUUUGGAUUGGUGACCGUCACUCAGAAGUGUGAAGAGGACGGCGGCUCUCGGAGGCAUCUGGGAUCACCUGAUCUCGAGUGGUUUCCAGAGUCUAAACAAAUGCCAGAGAACAUCAAGAAUAAGGAAACAGACAAGCAGUCCAGUGAUCCUCAGAGUCCUGCAUGGAUAGCGAAUUUUGAAGAUGGCCACAGCAAUCGGGACUUUACGAGUAUCGCCGUGGAUACGGGCUCCAGCGUGUGGGGCAGCUCUACAGCACAGCUCAGUGAGAAAGAGGAGAAAGGAUGGGCGACAUUCAGUGACUUCCAGCCGUUCUGCUGUUCUGAUAAAGGGCCCAGAUGCAGCUCACCCGUGGACUCGGGAAAUCCAAAGAAACAGAACCAAAAUGAAACAAUCAAAGGCUCCUCUGCGUGUGUGUGGAGUGUCUGUGGGGCGAGGAAGGCUCCACUGGUGGCGUCUGACAGCAGCUCCAGUGGAUCAGACACUGAGGAAGACGAGGACAGAACCAACACCAGAGAGACGGUCUCCAUGGGCAACACCAAGGAAAGCAUUAAACUUGAGAAAACAAUCAGUGAUGCUAAUGCCAAAGCAACAGGUGGCACGGCAACAGAUGUCAUCGUAAAGGAAACCAUAGCGAUGCCCAUCUCCAGUGCACAGUCCCCUAAGGAGCAGAAGGAGAGGGACGACUCCAGUAUUGAUGGAUCAGUGUAACAACAUUUUAAAGAACCCUCUCUACCUGCUUAACCCAUGACAACCGUUUCUCCACCCAUGACAUAUUUAAGGCUGUGGCUUCCCUCUUUCAAUAUGUCUCCGCCCCUUUUAGCUCCGCCUUCUGGCAUUGGCUAUAACCAUUGUUCUGUCAUAGUCAUGUGGGUUGUUGUUUAGGUGAAUGAGUUAAGCAUCAGUGGGUGGUACUGAAAUGAUCUGUCUUCCCCAAUGAAGACAUUUUCGCUGUUAAAUGGAAAUGAUGACCUUUGAACCCUGUGAGAGCAGCCCAUUUAGUGUGUGUUUGAAACUAGAAUAAGAUACACACUAACAGGUGAACUCACACACAUGCACAAACAUGCUGUGGUCUGAGAGUAAUUCUACAGGUGUGAUUAAUAGUAUUAUGUUUGUGGUUUUGAAGCAGUGUUUUCCAAGAAUGAGGCGAAUGUGUGUGCGCGCGAGUGUGCGUGAUGUGCGUGCGCGCGAGUGUGCGCGUAUGUGCGU